AUGUUGAUCGGAUGUGGAAGUAAUAUAGACAGAUGUUCUUUGUUUUUGGAUGAAUUUAUUUCCAGUAUAGUUUUAGUGGAUCAAGUCGGGGACGAUGAAGCUCGUCGACGAGCGAAACGACGUGAGCGGAAUCGGGUGGCCGCGGCCAAGUGUCGUCAACGUAGACAAGAUCAAAUCAUGGAGUUGCAACAUCGUGUGAGUUUGUUGAACAAAACGGGACAGGAACUUCAUUCUUCCAUCCAAUCACUGAACGAGGAACGUGCCCGUCUGAAAGAGCUGAUUCGACAACAUGGGCUGGCCGGUUGUUCUGCUGCUGAUGAAUUUCUGGCUUCGUUGGCUGCUUCAAAUGAUUUGACGCUCAAGGAGGAGGAAACUGUUGGCAUGGAAACAGGAGAAAAUGAGGAAGAGAUGAAUUUAGAGCCAAGCGGUGCUUUUGGCAGUACCGACGAUAUUAUGAUGACAAACGCUGCGCCGUAUUCCAACUCGGGACCAACUACCAGUUGUUCCAGUCCCACUUCUCCGGCCAGUCGAACUGCACAAAGACCUGAUAGUGAACUAACUGACGUGGGACAGCGCGUCGUGGCUCGACUAGAACAACAACAGCGUUUGCUACGUCCUAACAAUAGUUGCACGCAAAUUGUAUCGAUCAAUGGCACGAUAACCACAAUCAAACCGGAUCAGUAUGAUGUUCCGGCACCAAGUCCGGCAGACAGCGGAUCAGAUGGUUCAGAUUCCCGCCAGAUGAGAACAGCUUCUCAGUCAUCCUGCCAUUCUCCACCAACUACGAAGACGAGACUUGUGGUAGCGCGACCGUGCACUUUACUCCCACCCAAGUGCACACUUGAAUCGGCUAAUACCAGUGCAGACUCCACCGAUUCGAAUCACACCACCUUAAUGGGGUCUGUCGUCAACACAACCAACGUUUCCACGGGUACCACAACAGCGGCAACACCGACAUCACUCGACACACCGAUUAUGUCUCGUAUCUGGCCCUCCGAAUUGCACUAUUUUUCUCCAAUCCUCACUCCGUCAGCAUGGAAAGUGAUACCGAAGGACUGUGGUUCGGGUAGUGUAACUCCUAGUGCGUCUACGCCCACAGGUACUACAAAUUCAACCGUGGCGAAUUCUUCGGUAGCAGCUGCGGCUGCUGCCCUGUUCCUAUCCAGUCCCUCGCUCACAUCCAGUCUGACCAAUCCGGGCUCGACCGCUAAUCUGCUUGUUAGCUCAUUUGUCAAUUCUAUUCAGACUGCUGCUGCUGCUGCGGCGGCGGCGGCUGCAGGUGGCACGGUCCUUACUACUCCAUCCACAGGGGUUGGUGAUCAGCUGUCAGCUGUCACUGCGAACAGCGGUAAUCUUGCCAACACUCCUUUGUUCUGUUUGCCAGAGGUUAUUGGUGCCCCGACCACGACCGCCAGUAAUCAGACAUCCUUUGUGCUCUCUCCUCUGACCAAUCGAGAUCGAACUGAGCAGCAUGCGAGUGAAGAAUUGAAUGCAACUAUCACUCAAUGA